AUGAAAAAAUUAUGGGCAUCAGAUAAUGAUUUUACUGGGCAAAUACCAGAUUAUAUUGGUAGCUGGAGCAGUUUAACAGAGCUGAGGUUUCAGGGUAAUUCUUUUCAAGGUCCAAUUCCAGCUACUCUUUCCAAUCUUGGCCAAUUGGCAAGCUUACGAAUUGGUGAUAUAUUAAAUGGGAGCUCUUCUUCACUUGCAUUCAUCAAUAAUCUGACAUCUUUGAACACCCUGGUUUUGCGGAACUGUAGGAUAUCUGAUAAGCUUGUAUCAAUAGACUUUUCGAAAUUCGCAAGUUUAAAUUUACUGGAUUUGAGUUUCAAUAAUAUCACAGGCCAAGUACCACAAACCUUGUUGAAUCUGAACUCACUCGCCUUCUUAUUUCUUGGGAAUAAUAGCCUUUCAGGAAGCCUUCCAAGCUCAGUAGGAUCAUUACUUAAAACUUUAGAUUUUUCUUACAACCAGCUCUCAGGAAGCAUUCCUUCAUGGGCUAAAAAUUCACAAUUGAAUCUGGUGGCAAACAAUUUUGUGGCCGAUAGUUCCAGCAACAGUGUCUUACCUGCGGGGUGGGGGUGCCUUCAGCGUAAUACACCAUGUUUUCUUGAUUCUCCAAAGUCUUCUUCCUUUGCUGUGGACUCUGGAAAAUCCAUAGUAGGCCCAGAUAAUUCUGUGUAUGAACCUGAUCGUGCGAGUCUUGGAGCUGCGUCAUUAUAUGUUACAGGAGCACCAACAUGGGGUGUUAGCAACGUUGGAAAGUUCAUGGAGGCAAAUAAUGGAAGUUAUAUAAUCCACAGUCCUGGCCAGUUUCUCAAUACGCUUGAUCCACAACUGUUCCAGAAUGCAAGGAUGUCGCCGUCAUCCUUAAGAUACUUUGGUAUUGGACUAGAAAAUGGAAACUAUACAGUCACACUUCUGUUUGCAGAGUUUGACUUCCCAGACACCCAGUCAUGGAAGAGCAGAGGUAGAAGGGUUUUUGAUAUAUAUAUCCAGGGUGAACGUAAGGAGCAGAACUUUGACAUAAGGAAGGCCGCAGGCGGGAAAUCUUUCACAGCUGUUAGGAAGCAGUAUACUGUUCCUGUCACGAAGAACUUUCUAGAUAUUCAUCUCUUCUGGGCUGGCAAGGGCACUUGCUGCAUUCCUACUCAAGGCUACUACGGGCCUGCGAUCUCAGCUUUGAGUGCAACACCAAAUUUCACCCCUACAGUGCGUAAUGCUGUGGUAAAGAAGAAAGGUAGUAAAACAGGUGUGAUUGCUGGAGCUAUAGUUGGUGUGGUAGUUUUAGGAUUGUUAGCAUUUGUUGGAAUCUUUGUUUGGCGGCAGAAAAGGAGAAAACUAUUGUUGGAGCAAGAAGAGCUGUACAGUAUUGUGGGAAGACCUAAUGUCCUCAGCUAUGGGGAGCUGAGGUCAGCUACUGAAAAUUUCAGUUCUAAUAACCUCCUUGGUCAGGGAGGAUAUGGAUCGGUUUUUAAGGGAAAGUUAACUGAUGGUAGGUUUGUGGCAGUGAAGCAGUUGUCUGAAACAUCUCAUCAGGGGAAAAAGGAAUUCGCGACGGAAAUAGAAACGAUAUCUCGGGUUCAACACCGUAAUCUUGUGAAAUUGUAUGGUUGCUGCCUUGAGGGCAAUAAGCCAUUGCUGGUUUAUGAGUACCUGGAGAAUGGAAGCCUGGACCGUGCUCUAUUUGGAAAAGGGAAGUCAAACCUAGACUGGCCAACGCGUUUUGAGAUAUGCUUAGGAAUUGCAAGAGGUCUGGCCUAUCUUCAUGAAGAAUCUAGCAUCCGUGUUGUGCACAGGGACAUAAAAGCCAGCAAUGUCUUGCUUGAUGCAAAUCUCAAUCCUAAGAUCUCAGAUUUCGGACUAGCAAAACUUUAUGAUGACCAGGAGACACAUGUGAGCACGAAAGUUGCUGGUACAUUUGGUUAUCUUGCACCGGAAUAUGCCAUGAGAGGCCAUGUGACAGAGAAGGUUGAUGUGUUUGCAUUUGGCGUCGUGGUAUUGGAGACUUUAGCUGGAAGACCAAACUAUUACACUACUGAGGACCAAAACAAGGUUUAUAUUUUCGAAUGGGUCUGGGAACUGUACGAGGACGGCCAACCUCUGGACAUGCUAGACCCCAGGCUGGAGGACUUCGACAGCGAGGAGGUGCUUCGGGCCAUCAAGGUGGCGCUCGUGUGCACCCAGGGCUCGCCCCACCAGCGGCCGCCCAUGUCGAGGGUGGUGGCGAUGCUGGCGGGCGACGUUGAGGCGCCCGACUGGGUGCCGAAGCCCAGCUACAUCACAGAGUGGCAGAUCAAGGUGGCGGCGACACCAGCUACAUGA